AUGCAUCCCUGUCAAAACUGUGUGAUGUUUCUGAUGAAUCUCCCGAUAAACUUUCUGUCAAAACUUGGACUGGAGGAAUUCUAUCCCAACAAGCUCACUCUUCGGUCCUUCUUGGAGAUCAACAAAAGCAGCGUGUAUGAUGAAGCUGUUUCAUCAGUGGAGGAGAUCCCGUGGUGUUUCCUCAGGAGACUCUUCAGAAUCAAUGCAGAAUGCAGAGACUGUACUCAGUUAUCAAACACAGAUAAUGAGGAGGAGGAUAACAGUGAUGACUAUGACAAAGACCUUUUUUCUGCAGAUGACUCUGCAGACAAAAAGGUAAAUCCACUUGACCUCAUAGUAGCUCUCUUUCUUUGUGCUGACAGCUUCUUGCAACAAGAAAUGACCUUGAAGAUGUCAAUGUGCCAGUUUUCUGUCCCACUGCUGUUGCCCCAUGGCAACAACAGUCAGUGUACCUUCAUGCUGUGGGCUCUGAGAGACAUCGUCAAAGAGUGGCGUCCACAUGAUAAAUCUGAAUCAAAGGGGUUCGUUGAAAACAGCAUUGUCCAAGCAGAUAUACCAUUCUACUCUUUUGUGAGGCUGAAAAACUGCAGCUUAUCUAAGUCUCAGUGUUUGAACCAUAUCCUCAGCCUCGGCCAGUACAAUAACAUGUUCAUAAACAGAGAAAUGAAGGGAGGAGCUCAUGAAAGGGAACUUGCCAAUGGAUUGGUCGAGGUUUGCUGGUACCUUCCCAGCGGCAGAGAAAGUCUUGACAAAUUUCCAAAACCAGUGGCUUUCGCCAAUCUGAGAGGAGACUUAACUCAAUCACUCACACAGUUCAGCUUCCUUUACCAAGUGUCCACUGCUACCUUUGUAUUCCUGGACAAAGUUGAAGAAAACGAGCUUGAGAUUCUGACAUCUUUUCAGGAAGUGAAAUCUAAACUGUUCUUGGUUGUGAACCGCAAGGCUCAGGAGGACAUGGAGUCUGUCAAGAAAACAGUGGAACAGUUAGAUUUACCAAAGACCCGUGUGAAAUCCAAAAACCCACAGGUAAAUGUGGUAGAGUUUUCGGAGAAACUUUGCACAACCAUCAAUAACUCAUUAAAAGAAGUCAAAACUACAACAAAAAUUGAAAAUAUGCUUGACCAGGCCGUUGAACUUGGUCUAUCUGUGGAUGAGCGCACAAGUGAAAACCAACAGAAGGUUGCUGUGGAGAUUAUGAAAGGAAUCGGUGUGUGUCAUAUACCAGACUACAAGAAGCAACAACUUCCAUUGCAAGGUGCGGACUGGAAAGAGUUAUCAGAUUUAGAAAUGGAACAAUGCAGGUUAAAAAAGGCUGGUGACUGUGGACUGGAAGACUACAAAUCUCAGCUGCAAGAAGAUAAACAAGAGAUAAUGAACAAGCUUCAUGAACACAAACCAAGCACAGCUAUGAAUACUUUCAUUAAACACAUAUCUGAACGUGACAAAAUGCAAAGAGACUUUUUUCUCAAGUGGAUGAAUUUUGUACUGAAUGCACAUUUGCAGCCUGCCAUGCAACAGUCUUUACUGCGUCAAAAGUUGGCCAAACUAUGCAAUAAAGAAGAGAAAGACAAAAAGGAGGUUGCAGAGUUGGAUCAGGCUUUGCUGGAAAGCUCUUUAGGAAUCGAGCAUUACAUGAGAGAGAUGGGGCUGAUCUAUGAGCUGUCCUCACAGUCUCAACAAACUGAUGAUAAGAUAACUCGUCUUCCUGGUUUGGCUGCUGAAAUGCUGCUGGAUGGAUAUCCUUUAGAGCUUCUCGAUGGAGAUGCCUCCAACAUCCCACAGAGAUGGGUGACAGAUGUGCUGAUGGAGCUCCACAACAAGGUUGGAGGGAAGAGCAGACUGUUGGUGCUGACUGUGCUGGGGGUUCAAAGUACAGGGAAGUCAACUCUUCUCAACACCAUGUUUGGUGUACAGUUUCCUGUCAGCAGUGGCAGAUGCACAAGAGGAGCAUACAUGCUCUUUCUCAGAGUAGGUGAAGACAUGCGAAGCCAGUUGAACUAUGACUUUAUAGUUCUCAUUGACACAGAGGGUCUUAGGUCUCCUUCUUUAGCACAACUGGAGGACAGCUUUGAGCAUGACAACCAGCUGGCAACUCUUGUUAUUGGCUUAAGUGAUGUCACCAUCAUCAAUGUUGCAAUGGAGAACUUCACUGAAAUGAAAGAUUUUUUGCAGAUUGCAACUCAUGCAUUCUUGAGGAUGAAGACAAUUGGGAAAAAGCCAGUUUGUCACUUUGUGCACCAAAAUGUUGCUGGAGUUUCUGCCCAUGCAAAGACCCUGACAGAGAGAAAACUUCUUUUGGACCAACUCAAUGAAAUGACCCAGACUGCAGCUGAAAUGGAAAAGCAGGACAAUGUGUUAUUCACAGAUAUGAUGGACUAUGACUUGGAAAAAAAUAACUGGUACAUCCCAGGACUGUGGCACGGGACUCCACCUAUGGCUUCUGUCAACACAGGUUACAGUGAAGCUGUUGAACAUUUCAAGAGAAAUCUCUUAGAAACAGUAAAAACAGACAAAGGUGAUGAUGUGUCCAAGAUCCCUGAGCUUCUAGAGUGGAUGAGAAGUCUCUGGAGAGCAGUCAAGUUUGAGAACUUCAUCUUUAGUUUCAGAAACACUCUGGUGGCUAACGCCUAUGACAACCUUUGCAAAGAGUUCAGCCAAUGGGAAUGGGAGUUCAGAAAAGAGAUCUCCAUCUGGGAAAAUGGAGCUGAAAUGGAAAUCUUAAAUGCUGACAAUGAAUCUGAGCUUCAUCAUUGGACUGAAAUGGUCGAAUCCAAAAAAAAUGAAGGAUCCAAGAAAAUAGCAGACCAACAAACAAUAAUGGAUCAGAAACUCCAGGACUACUACAAAAGAAAAGACAGACAUGUGAAUCUGAUAGAAAAAUACAAAAGUGAUUUUUUUAGCCAAAUCAAGAGUCUUGCUAAAGAAAUCCAACAUUCAGCAAACAAUGUCUUGGAUUGUGCACGUGAGCAAAAAAAGAGUUCAAAAGAAGCAGAAGACCUUCAGAGAAAACACAGAGAAGUGAUUGAAGAACGGGUCAUGAAACUCUUGAGUGACUGCAAAGAUCGCUCACUGUCUGAAGAGAAACUGAAAGAAGAGUUUGAAAAGAUGUGGGCUGAGGUUACUAUCAAUGUAAAUGGCCUGAAAGAAAAAGAUAUACCUGCUGAAGUCUUCGACCAGUUAAAGAAACAUUUCGGAAAUCUUAAUGUCAGUGAGGAAUUUCAGAAUAUCACAUACCUCAAAGAAAGUGGGUUGAGGCAAUUCAAGGCCAAAACUGAACAUUUUGAAACAAACUUUUUAAACAAUGUUUUGAAUUUCAUCAUGCAGAAAAACAUUAGGGGGGAACUCCAGGGCCUGGCAGACAAUGUGAUUGAGUCUUGCACACGAUUUGUGCAGGAUAUUGCAAAAACAGACAGAGAUUAUCAUGAAUCUGACACAAAAGAUCUCUUGGAAAAAAUCGAUGAAUCCCUGAAGAAAGGCAAACAGAUAUUAAAGCAGAAGUUUGUCACUGACCUGAAACUCCACAUUUGUGGAAUUGCUUCAAGAGAGUUCCUGAAGAUGCACAGGAAAUACUUGAUUAAAAGAGAUCCAAAACUUAAGCUGGAGGAGAAGAAGAAGCAGUACAUGUCAGAUUUUAUCGACCUAUACAAAGAGAGAGACCACUGCCAACGCAAAGCAACUGACUAUGUCAGAAGUUGUAUCAAACCUGCUGUUGAGGACUACAUCAGUAGAUCUCUGGGAGUAGAGAUUGUGGAUGAAAUAUUGACAAGUGACCAUUCAGCAGAGUUCAGUUCCCGCUCCUUUUUCCAGUACAACAUCCAGGAAGAGUUGCUGGGAAAGGAAGACUUUGACAGAUUUGUCAGGUUCACCUGCAGUUAUGAAAUUUAUGUUAAGGACUGGAUAUUCAAGCACAUCCUGCAAAAAAUGUCAGAGGACCAGACUCUGUGCAAGCUGAAGAAUAAAGUUCUGCUGGUCAUAGUCAACAAAAUCUCAGAAGCAUUAAAGCAGUCCACAAAAUGCACUGGCGACACUUCACUGCCUGAUAACAAGGAAAGCAUCCCAGCACUCAUCACCAACAUGCGCAGGUAUUUGAUCAAAGACAUCUCAAUUUCAGAGGAGGAUGAAAAAACCAUCCUAUUCCAAAUUCAAUGCACAAGCCAACAGUUUAUCAACAGCCUCAAAAUCUCUCUGGAGGACUUAAAUAAAGAGCUGCAGGAGGAAUUCACAAAGUCUAACAUCUCUGAGACUCUGAACAAACUCCCCACCAAACCACAAGAUGAGCUCUUUAAGAGGGUGUUUGGCUGUGGACAUCAAUGUCCAUUUUGUAAAGUUCCCUGUGAGGCGGGAGGCAAAGAUCAUGAGAAGCAUCAUGCUGCUGUGCAUCGGCCUCAAGGUCUUGGUGCGUACAGGAUUAUAACAACUCAGAAGUUGCAUGAAGUCCUGUGUACAACAGAUGUCCACAGCGAACGCAGAUUCAGGAACACAGACACUAAAUGGGAAUGGCAUCCUUACAAGGAGUACACUAAGUACUACCCAAACUGGCACAUUCCUCCUGACCGCACUAUAGAGGCAUCUGACUACUGGAAGUAUGUCCUGGUAAAAUACAAUGACAGAUUUGCUGAAAAACACAAAGCCAAGCCCGCUGAUGUACCAGAGGCCUGGAGGAGAAUCACAAAGGAACAAGCACUGAAAAGCUUGAAAGAAGCCUUUAACGUAAAGUGAACAUUGUACAACCCUGACAGAUAUCCUCUAACAGACACAUGAACAUGUGAGAGGCUUCCCAUGUGCAAAUGUUCAAAAGAAGAAGAG